CACACUCAACAUCUAUGCAGUAAACUGGGAGGGGUUAUCAAAGUACGCAUGCUUUGUGCGGCUACUAGCUCAGCUGGCUGGAAUCCUAGGCUAAAAUAGUUAGCUAGCUAAUCUAAAGCCAUAUUUAGCCUGGAAUUGUUAUCCAAGUAGCAAGGAAGUCAGGUGCUAAGAAAACAGACUUUGAAAAUAUAGAUAGAGUAUCUCGUUUCUGAGUACUUCAGCGACAUACUGCUAAAGGUACCAGCCAUGGCCCGUGGGCACCAGAAGAUCCAGUCCCAGCAGAAGAACGCUAAGAAACAGGCGGAGAUUAAAAAAGCCAAGGGGCACGACCAGAAGACAGCAGCUAAGGCUGCCCUUGUCUACACUUGCACUGUGUGUCGGACUCAGAUGCCGGAUCCCAAGACCUUCAAGCAACAUUUUGAGAGCAAACAUCCCAAGUCCCCCCUGCCCCCGGAGCUUAAUGAUGUGGAAGCAUGAGAUUAGCCACUGAUACGGGUCCCCACACCAUAUUGACCUCAGAGGCCUGUCAAAACUCCCAGGCCAUCUCUUGUGGAAUACCCUCUCUCCCCCCUCUUUUCAGGAUGGUUGCUGCUGCUACUUCGGGGGCCCCAGAGCAACACCACAAAGCCAAGUUAACACAGAUGAUGAUGAACUCUCAGAGGUUUGAUGAUUAUCAUAUGUACACAUCACACACUUUGAACAUGAUUACCAUAUUGUGCUAACUACUCACCACCACAGCCCAGGGGAGCUUGGGGACUAAACAUUUGCUGAAUCAACCUCUUUUGUUAAAAAUGUUUGUCCUUUGAUUUUUCAGCAUGUGUGGCACAGAUUCUUUUUUUAGUUGUGUGUAUGCGUUCCCUUUUUUUGUCGAAGAACAGUUUUGAUUUUGUUCUUAGGUCUGGUAUAUCUACAUGUUGUGUAGGGAUUGUGCAAAAUGCUUUUCAAAACAUGUUAUUUUUUAUGCCCUGUAGGUCAUUGAAAACAUGAGAAUUUUAUUUGUUAAAGUUGAUUUUAUUUGCUGUCCUCUUUUAUUUCAUUGUUUCUUUUGCCAGCAACAUACUUAUAUUUGAUCUAUGUGCAGGUUUUAUGCAGAAUAUGAAUAUGUGAAUAUGUGCAUAAAUCCAGUACAGUAUACUUUAAUUUUAACAAGCUUUGCAGUAAUACUAAUCUCCGUGUACGCUCCAGGUAGGCUCCAGGUAUUGGAAGUUGAAAUGUAACAUUGAUGUAUUUUUGUCAACAUUUUGUCAAAGCAUAAUCACAGUCACCAAAGUUUUAUAAAUUUGAAAUUAAUGUCACUAUAUUCAUUUUUAUCAUGUAUGUUUUACUAUUAGGACUUAAUAGUGCUGGUGGAUUAUUGGCUAAGUAAAUGACAAAGGACACUCGUGUUCUGUCAUCAUUGCACUAGUAAAUCAAUGCACUGUAAUGUCACUGGUGUGAAACGGCACUGUAUUUGCCCAUUGGACUGGCCCUCUUACUGGCAGCAGAUAUUCAUUCCAUUCUGCGUCUGUACCUCUGUGGUGUAUUAUAACAAUUUAAUAAAGUGUUACUUUGGUAAA